CCGUGAUCAGAGAAAGCGGCCACCGCCAUCUUUUUGGUGUGAUAAAUGUGCGAGGAGAAAGCGAGAGAUUUGGGAACGGUAAAGUGCGAUAGAAGAGGCUAAAUCAAUCUGGUUAGAAAAUGAUGGGAAAAGAGAUCCUGCAUAAGAUGAAGGUUAAAGCUGGGUUGUCUUCUUCAACAUCGGAUACAACUGGAAAAGGUAAAACUAAGAUGUCAGGAAAGCGAAUCACCCAUGGAUACCACUUGGUCAAGGGCCAAUCUAGUCAUCCAAUGGAGGAUUAUGUAGUAGCUCAGUUUAAGCAUGCUGGUGACUCUGAGUUGGGUUUAUUUGCUAUUUUUGAUGGCCAUAUGGGCCAUGAUGUUCCAGACUAUUUACGGUCACAUUUAUUUGACAAUAUCCUGCAUCAGCCCGACUUCCUGACCGACACAAAGAGCGCAAUCAUGAAAGCAUAUGAAAUUACUGAUAGCAAAAUUUUGGAGAAAGCAAAGGAAUUGGGAAAAGGAGGCUCUACUGCUGUAACAGCUAUCUUAAUAGAUGGAUUGAAGCUUGUGGUUGCCAAUGUAGGCGAUUCUCGAGCAGUACUUUGCAAGAAUGGCUUGGCCAAACAACUCUCUAUUGAUCAUGAACCUUCUCAAGAGCGCGAAACAAUUGAGAAGAAAGGCGGUUUUGUUUCAAAGAUUCCUGGAGAUGUUCCCCGUGUCGACGGACAACUUGCCGUCGCAAGAGCAUUCGGCGAUCGUAGUUUGAAGGUGCACCUUAGCUCCGAGCCAUAUGUCGAUGAGGAGAUAAUAGACGAUGAAGCAGAUUUUCUCAUCUUAGCGAGUGAUGGAUUAUGGAAGGUGAUGUCAAACCAGGAGGUCGUCGAUGCCAUCAAAGGUAUUAAGGACCCUCAGUCUGCUGCAAAACAUUUGACAGAGGAAGCUCUUGCCAGGAAGAGCAAAGAUGACAUCUCUUGCAUUGUUGUGAAAUUUGAUUAAAGAUUUGCAAUUUUGAAGAUUAGUUUUUCUGUUGUGUUUGUAUAUUGUUUGCUGAACUAAUUCCAAGUUGCAUUUUUUAACUAGGAUUGUGUGCUGUUUCUGUGCAUUUUGUUUGGAGCAGUGAGUGCAAAUUAUAUAAUGGAUUUAGUUGCAGUUUAUGUUAUGUUUGUGUGAUAUUUUGGUUGAUGAACAAUCUGUUGGAAUUUGGGAGAAAAAAAAAUUAACGGAAGGAACAUAACGUACCAAACACAUCAAAA